AUGAAAUUUCAUGAGAAUAAAAUAAAAAGUAUUAGAUGCUAUAUUGAAGAGUGUCAAGAAAAGCCUAUAAAGACUUGUAAAUGCCUAGGACUCAAACAAUUUAUAUGCGCCAAACAUGCAGGUGAACAUCAAAAUAUAGAAAUACACGAGAUGAAUGGUAUUUUUACAGUUAUUAAUGAAAAAAGCAGAGAAAUAUUAAGGAGAUGCGCAGAAGAAUUAAAGAGCAAAGUGAAUUUAUAUUGAAAUGAAAUAAAAAAUAAUGAAGUUUAUGGCUUUACUCACAAUAUGUAUUUGAUGAAUUUAAAUGUUGGUAUAAUCAAUAAAAAAUGUGAAGAAAUAAUUAGUUUAUGUGAAAAUUUGACUGAAAUCCCAGAGUAUGGAGACCCUACAUUUAUGGAGACUAUUCUGAAAAUGCCCAUUGAAUUAAUAGAGGAUUAUGUUAGACAUUGAAAAAUCACAACUUUUAAAGAUUAUGAAGGAGUGAUUUUCUCCUUAGGCAAUUGAUCCAAAUUUUAA